UUCUGAUUCCAAAAAUGUGAAAUACAAACCAUGAUAUGAUGAUAGUGAAUGGACAAACAAUCUACACUAUAUCCUGCAGCUGCAAUGACAAAACUGACAGCAGUCAACAGAAACAUAAUUCCCAUUUUAAAUGUUUUUACACAGGAGAACAGGUAAUACAUCUAAAUUAGCUUUGACCUUGUGACCCUACACAAAAACCAAAACCAGUUAUACUGAAAGCUUCCGGAAUAUUGGAAGUAAUAACAAAACAUAGCCAGCAUUUCUAGCCCAGUUUCAAGAUCAGUCAAAUUUAUUUUCAUUUUAAGUCUUAAAAUGUUUGUUUUUUCAACAUAGAGGGUAAAACAUUCACAAUCAUUGCUGAUAGCAGCCAGUCAUACAAAUAAACCUGAGUUUAGUUGGCUGACCACUUGUUGACUAACCGGCUUCAUAGUGAUACUCGUGUAAGAAGUUUACGAAGAGCCCUUGAAGGCAUCAUUUUACCACCGGGCUGCGUGCGCUCCGCUGGAGGGGCAGAACUUCAUAAGCGUCCGUCACUCCGAUGCCAUUCUACCGCUCUCGUGCAGUUGUGGCUGCUUUACUAGAUGCAAGGAGGACUAAACACAACAUGUUCAUCAAUUGGACAUGCAUCCUAGUGCUGAUCCUCUGCUGUACAAACUGACAGCAGUUUAUAUUUUGGAGUUGGGCGAAAAGUUUUCUUCUAUGUCUAAUUAAGGGAGUUAUUGUUCUAAACCAAAAUCAUGUUCACAACCUACAUAAAGAAUCUCAAUGAUAUGGUAUUUUCUACGUCUGAGAGCCCUGAGGAGCAGCCCAGUACUGGGGUGUUGGGUCGUAUCGGGAGCUGGUUCUCUCCCUGGAGGGGAAAGGGUCCGAAGAGUCCUGCUGAAAAUGCCUCCCCUACUAGUGAUCAGGCUCUUAAGUCAGAGGGAGUUGAGGAGAGUGAGGAGUCUGUGAGACCCCAGGCAAGGGCACAACAGCGGGAGGAGAAGGAACCAAGCUCCAGUCCCAAUCCACGGGGUCUCUCAAGAGACAUUUUCUCCUUUGAAGAGGAGGACGCCACGCAGUCUGCCCACAGAGACGGCUCUGUAAGCAGCACUGAGACAGCAGAAGGAGGUCCAAGAGAGGAGGAGUUUGUGGAUUGCAGGAAGAGAAUAGGGCAGGGCAAGGAGAGGGAGGAGAGCAGCAACGGUACUUCAGCGGGCGGGAAUCCUGAGAAGAAUGCCAGUCAUCUGACACAUUUCUCUUACUCCUCUGAGCAGGGAGUGGUAUGGGACUCUGACCAGGACCACACCCAGCCUCAGGCCCAAAGACAAGCACAGGCCCAGACAAGCAGGAGGCUCCAUGUGUACCUGGAGGAGACCAGCGUGAUUCAAUGUGGCCAAGACACCUGUGCUGGACAGGAAGUUAUCCGCACCAAAGUCACGAAAAACCUACAGGUCCUCCCCAAGGCAAAGUCAUUACCAAGUUUUGAUUCACCAAAGAGCUCAAGUUCAACAAGUGCAGAGAACAAAGAUAUAAAUGUGAGGCCUGCUGUUGGGACACAGAGUUACUACAGUGCCCUAGUGGGAGUAUCACUGAAAUCACGCAAAGACUCACAGUUAGAGUCUGAAACUGAUAAAGAACAAACCGAAACAGACAGCAUGGGGCGUAAAAACACAGCCAAAAGGAGAUUAAGGAAGAAUUCUCAGGGAGAUGGAGGGAACAGCCCCCAGGAAAAAACACCUUCCAAUACCCAACCUGUCACAGAGGGAUUCCCUACAUCAGAUAAUUCACUGACCUGUCCGACUCCUCAGGGCAAAAGUCCAAAGACUCACUUGGGAGAGUCAUCUGUAAACACCUCCUCAAAGCCCAACCCCACCUCUCAGGCCUCACUUGAAGGAGUGGAGAGUAAGACUUCCUGCCCAGAUACAGUCAAGCAGUUGGACAACUUCCAGGACUCAAACUCAGUCGCUGCAGCCACUCUGACAUGUGUUGUUGAUGGGGACGCAGACAUGGAGGACGAUGACAGUCUUUACAAAGUAGAAAGGAAGACAGAGACACCAGAGUCCAAACGCAGGAGUAUGAAGGUUUCUCGAAGUGAGGUGAAGCUUUUUACAAAAUAUGUGCCUUUGAAUCCUAAGCAAAGUCCAGCAGGAGACAACCAGGAUUUUAAGCCAGCAUUAAAGAAUACCAAAGAUGAAGCAAAGGAUAAGCCCAAAACAGAGAGUGAUGCAAGACUACAUGACCUAAAGAAAAUAGAUGAGGAGCCUAAGCCAGUCGCCGGCCGGAUUUCAGAUAAAAUCAGCCUCUUUGAGCACCCUGCAAGGGAGUCCAACAAGCAGACCUUCCAAACCCAGAGGAGUGCUGAUGUCUCUCCAGUCAGGAAAGCCAUGGGGAGGCUGGAAGAAAAUGUUGUGUUGUCAGACCAGAGGUCAAGAUCAGCUGAAGGUCACAGCAUGGCCAGGUCCAGCUCUGCGUCACCCGUCAGGGAGAAGCCAAUGAUGAUCAAGCCUCAAAAGCCAGCUAUGACAGGAAUGUCUCAACAGUCCACCUCAUCUGUGGUAGUUGCUGCAUCAAAGUCACCAGAACUGGACAAUCAGGGUAAACUGGAUACAAAAGAGGAGACACAGGCAAAAGCAAUGUCAGAGAUAACAUUAAAACCCGAUGGACAAGAUACCGCUGCUGUAGGGGGAAAGAUUUCCAUUCCUAAAGAACAACCAACUGACUCCAAAACAAAGGACACAGUGGCCUCGAAAACAGCAGAUCAACGUAUGAAACCUAACAGUGUUCAAACAGAUUUCCCAGCUAAAGGGCCAGGUGAUUCAGCAGAACUGACCAAUAACAUUAGCCCACAGUCCAAAGGCCCUAGCAGAACAGGCUCCCGCUCUAAAAGAAGAAAAAGUAGGGAACCAACCAGUCCCAUCAGUCCAAAUAGUGAAAACAAACCAGACUGUUCUACAAGUAAGCCAGAGGUCACCGCUAUAAAACAAGAACAGGUAGAUGAUAGAGAGGAGACUGCCUCUGCCUCCAAACAACUCACAGAGAAAGUCUCAUUACCAUCUGAUAAAGCACAAGGAAAUACAUCAGAUAAACAGUCUUUCUCUGAUACCAAACAGAAAGCAUUUACAAAGGAAUUGAAGGUGUUAGACAAACAGAAGAAACAGUUAGAUUCUUCAUUUAAAAAGGAGAAUAUUGACAAACCAGUCAACAGACAGGAGGGAUUGCCUGAACCAUCUGUCAACAAAGAUGAACCUGAUACUGCUGCUUGUAGCAGUGGAACAAAGGUGUCUGUUGACAACAAUCCCAUUAUUUUACCCCAAAAGGAGGAAAAGGCAGGGGGACAGAGCCUCGUAUUCACACAGGAGAGGAAAAAGGCCUCCAAGGACAGCAGAGAAACUUCAGCCUCCUCCCCCUCAUCUGCAGUUGAACAACUUAUUGAGAAGACUCCUUUGAUGGAGCAAAAGCCACCUGUUGAACAUCCCAAAUUACAUAAAGAAUUGUCAAUGCAAUCUGAACCAAAAAGUAAAGGUAAAGUAAGCGAAACCAAUAAAAAACAGGACACAGUGCAAACCAAGCAACCCCAAAACAAGGACACAGAACUUAUUAAUCAGGCUGAGAGUAAAGAUGUGGAGAAACUAGAAAAGGCAGAGAGCGAAAAAACAAAUCGGACUGAGAAGAAAGACAAAGAAAAACCGCAGCAGCUCCUGCAUUCAGAUAAAAAUACCUCAAAGACCAAGGUUUCAGACGGUGGACAAGGUAUCUCAGGGACAGAGGGGAGUGUUGCUAAGGAUGAUGAAAGAAAAAAUGUUCAAAGAAAAGAAAAGACACAGCCAGUUAAAGACAUAACAAAACCAGAAAGCAACCAAACAGAACCAGCCUCUGAGUCCUCAGAAAAGACGAGUGCAUCAUUAGACCUCCACGCUCAAACACAACAUGUCAGACAGAUGACAACUACACAUCCACAAAAAGCUGCCGUUUGUGCUGUCACCCAGACUAAUGAGGCUGUGAGUGGGACCAAGAGUGACAAAGGGCCUUCGAAGGGGGAGACAACAACAAAUGUGCCUUCUGAGUUGCAAACAAAGUCUACAGAAAGCCCUGCAACAGAAACAGAGCCAGUGGUCAUUUUAGCAGAACCACAGCCUAAUUCUGUAGCUGUGGAAAAAACAGAGAAUUCACCAGAUGACUCAUGUGCACAUGGAGCUAAUGGGGCUGAGUUCUCCAGCUCAAAACCUAUUACCAAAGCAACUACAGCAGUUAAGGAAGUGGCUGUAAAAGCCACAAAUGACUCUCCAGCACUGAUGACUGCACAGGCAGAGAAAGAAUCAUCUGUUAAAGAGCCCACUCCGAUUUCUCUCUCUAAAUCUGAGAGCAGCGAGGGAGCAGGGCAGGAUGAUGGGAAAAAAAGCUCAACUGUCAAAUCAGUGCCCCCAGAAGUCAAAAUUUCAGGAGGUAUCAUGAAACUCACUCCUAGACGCCCACAGUGUGAGGAAUCAAAAAAUACAGAGAGGACAAGUGAUAUCACUUCAUUCAAGGGUGCAGGAAAAAAAGCACAGCCCUCUGAUAGCACUGCUUCUAGCUCCACAGUUAAUGUGGUAGAGAAGGCAGCUGGGAAAACAUUCCAUUCACCAAUGAAUGAACUUUCACCUGUUGCUAAUGGUGAUAUCUCCCCACUUCCACAACUCCACACAGUCAACAAGGAACCUGUCAAAAACAAGCCAAGUCAAACUCCAAAAGCACCCACUUCCCCAGAGGCUAAUAAGAUGAUCCCAGACUCAAUCCAGCGUUCAUCCAUGAAGAAGCUCCAUUUGCCACGGGGACUAAGCAAAGAUGAUUCUGCAACACGGCACGACGUCCCCUCGAGCUGGCUGGAUGUGGACUUUCCCAAACGGAAACUUAAAGUCCCGGUGCCCAAACUGAGCUCUUCUGGAAGUGAGAGCAAUCUUCUGGACACUUCCGGUGAGCUAGAUGAUGAUGAAUUCAUUGAGAAAAUCAAGAAACUUUGUGCCCCAUUCUCCCUCCCACCACGUAAACACAACCUACUCCGGCCACCUCAGCCGCCGUUUGCCAUGCCUGCUAUCAAGGAGGACCGCUUUGAGAAGACAUUUGACCCUGAAGAGUUUACGUUUGGCUUGAGGAAGAAGAAUAAGUUCACCAUAGACACAACCCCGAGCCUCUUAGCCCAGCUCCAGACCAAGGAGGCAAUAUCUGGCCUAAAGCCUGCCAGGGCUAGUUUGGCAGACAGGAGCAUGCUGCUCAGUAGCCUGGACACUCACUCUCGCCUGAGGGACACGACCCCUGCCAAAGAUGAGGAGGAUGUCAAGGAAGAGAAAGAUGACCAGAUCAAGGUGAAGUCUCGCUUAGAGGGGAGCUGUGUCCUAAGCAGCCUCACCUCCUCCAGCUUCAGAGGGAAGAGGAAUGGAGUUCAAACGCACGCAGAAGGCACCAACUCUGGGGAUGUGUCACCUAGCGAGGCCCCCCAGCUAAGCCCUCCACCUUUAACCCAGCCACCCCCGCCAUGCCCAACUGCCACAGCUCCACUCAAAGACACACUGGCCAAGCAGAGCUCUAUAAGCAACAGAGAGGAAGCUCAGGCUGCGGAGGCUGUGGUCAGUGACUCAGGUCCUCCACUUCCCUCCUUUAACGACAUCAAGCUGCCGGACUAUUUAGAGAAGUACCUCCCCCGAGAACCAGCAAAACCAGUGCAGAGCAUACAAGGACAGGAGCAAGUCAGAACAGAGGUUACUGGAAAAAUGACAACACCAGCCUGUGGAAGUGAAACACACCUGGCUGUGAAACCAGGUCCGGUGCUUCCUGAGGUUGUGCCUCCAUGUUUUCCUGGGAUUCUUCCAACCACACACCCUACACUCCCUGAGCUUAAGCAGCCUCCGGCUCAGCCACAGGGGAUACUUAUUAAUAAUAUAAGAAUUGCCAAGGGAUUUCACAAGCGCCCUGGAAAGAUGGUGUUGUUUGAGAAAGCUCAGUUCAGUGGCCAGUCGUAUGAGAUUUACAGGGAUGUAGCAGAUGCUACUUCUCUGCAGUUCUCGCCUCUCAUAUCUGUGAAGGUCGUUAGAGGAUGCUGGGUGCUCUAUGAAAAGCCUGACUUCCAGGGACGCUCCAUCGCCUUGGAGGAGGGGGCUAUUGAAUUGACAAAUGUGUGGGCAGAUCCUGGGCUGGAGACAGAAACACACAACAACCCACCAAUGCUGAUUGGCUCUGUUCGACUUGCUGUCUCUGAUUACAGCAUCCCCCAUAUUGAUCUGUUUACUGAACCAGAGGGCCUCGGCAGAGUAACACCUUACCACGAUGACACAAUAGAGACGGGCUCGUUUGGCGUCCCACUGAGCACUGCUUCCAUUCAAGUGCACUCUGGGGUGUGGCUGGUGUUCAGUGACCCGGGGUUCCAGGGCAUGCUAGCUGUGCUUGAGACAGGGGUGUACCCUUUUCCAGAGACCUGGGGCUUCCCGUCACCCUUUGUUGGAUCUCUUAGACCACUUAAAAUGGGUGGUUUAAAAGUGGAGAAUCCCAGUGAAGUCAAGGCUGUGGUGUAUGAGAAGCCUGGCUUUGAGGGCUCCUUUUUGGAAAUCGACAGUGACGUUUUCAGCUUUUGUGAAAGUGAAGGAGGCAUUGCUACAGACGAAGCAAACCUUGACUCAAAGAAACUGAAGUCUGUGGGUUCUUUAAAGAUCAUCGGGGGAUUCUGGGUGGGCUACAGCCAGCCUGGGUUUGAGGGCCAGCAGCACAUCCUGGAGGAAGGAGAGUACCUGGACUGCAGCCACUGGGGAGGCUCAGAGCAGCUCCUGUCACUGCAACCAAUACUGAGUGAUUUCAUGACUCCACACCUCAAAAUGUUCAGCGAGAGAGAUUUCAGCGAGCUGGGAGUCAACAUUGACCUCACAGUGCCUGUUAUUAACAUGGAUGACACAGGCUACAGCAUGAAGACGCAGUCUGUUGAUGUCAUCGGUGGCGUCUGGGUUGUGUUUGAGGAGCCAGGCUUUUGUGGUGAGCCCUACAUCCUGGAGAAAGGCCUGUAUGGAAGCCCAGAGGACUGGGGGGCACUACAGCCCAGAGUUGCCUCAGCAAUGCCUGUCGUGCUGGAUGAUUUUGAGAACACAGCCAAGUUUAAGGUGCAGCUUUUCUCUGAUCCAGGUUUUCAAGGCUCUGUCCUGGCUCUGGAGGACAGUGUGGUCUCCCUACAGGAUGGCUUCUCUGUGGCUUCCUGCAAGGUUCUGGCUGGCAGCUGGCUGGCAUUUGAGGGCCCGGACUUCACUGGCAGGAUGUAUGUGUUAGAAGUGGGGAGAUACCCAGACCUGAGAGCAAUGGGCUGUUUCCACGCAAGCUCCUCCAUCCUGUCGCUACAGACUGUUGGCUUUGAGUUCUCACUGCCAUCCAUCACUCUUUUUGAGCGGUGUGGUCUGCGGGGGAAGAGGGUGGUUCUGACAGAUGGAUCAGUCAACCUUCAGCUGGCUGGAGGCUGUAGCAGAGUCCAGUCUGUGCUAGUGGAAGGAGGCAUAUGGGUAUUAUAUGAGGGAAUCAACUAUCGGGGAGCUCAGAUUUUGCUGAAACCUGGUGAGGUGCCAGACUGGCGCAAGUUCAGCAGCUGGCAGAAAAUCGGAUCCCUCCGUCCUCUUAUACAGAAGCAAGUGUACUUCCGUUUAAGAAACAGACAGACAGGACUCAUGAUGUCAGUGACCGGCGAUUUGGAUGAUGUCAAACUGCUGCGGAUCCAAGAAACAGAGGAGACUGAUGGAUUUGAGCAGAUCUGGUUCUACCAGAGUGGACAUCUCCACUGCAAGCUGCUGGAGGAGUGCUGCCUGAGUCCCAGUGGUAGUGUGACGAUGGCAGGAAGCCGCGUGGGUCUCACCCCAGAGCCAAACGACCAAGUCCACCUCUGGAGCAUCACACCUGAGGGCUUUAUCAGCUACACCCCCACCUCCAAUCUGGUCCUGGACGUCAAAGGGGGCCAUCACUACGACAAAAAACAACUGAUUCUAAACACAAUUGAUCCAAAUAAACUACAACAAAGGUGGAAUGUGGAGAUUAUAUGAAAACAUAUGAGCUGCUGGACAGGAUCCCUAAUAUUAUCAGAGGCACAGCUCUACUAGAGGCUGUUAUGAAACUGCUCAAGGACAAGGUACUUCAUUGGAGAUGCUCAACCUUUACUGCAAGACAGUUAUACAAAUUUCCAAUGAGGAGGUCAACAUGGAGAGUGAUGGAUAAAUCCGUAAGAAUGUAUUACUACCUACUGAGCGUACAAAUAGUUGAGUCUGAACUUUAAAUACUUUAUAUUUUACACUUCCAGUAAUAUAUACUAAGGCUUAUUUUUUGUCUUUUCAUUGGAUAAAUCUGUUUGCCUGAUGUUAAUAAAAUUAAACAGUGUUAACACCUUUUCAUAUAUUUGUAUGCAAUGUCAUAUAUAUAUAUAUAUAUAUAUAUAUAUAUAUAUAUAUAUAUAUAUAUAUAUAUAGCGCCUUAUUUUCAAGCUGCAUGCAACAACAAAAAAAUACUGUUUCUCUUGAAAUGUGUCUUUUUUUUCUUUGUUUAAUCAAAACUAUACAGCACACAACUCUUGUUUUCAGAAGAAAAGUAUUUUUGUCAAUAAAUUUCUUAAACACACUGUA